AGAUGCCCCACCACUUUCUCCCAGUCACCACCACUUGCCCUACCCAAUGCCAGAGGUCCGUCCAUAUAUCGACAUCACCAUACUGAAGGUGAUCCCUGGCUUGAAGAAAGGUGCAGAUGUCUCAGUCUGAAGGACAAACAGGAAAGAUGAUGGUUAACCUGAACACUGCAUUGCAGCUGUGGAGCUGAUGAUACCAAGAAGUCACUCACAAAGUACUUCAUGGCUUCAAUCAAGGACUUUGGCAGCAGAAAAAACUGGUGUAUGCCUGCCUGAGGCAGUGAAAAUGGCGGGGACAUGAGGAUGAGGAACAACAGAUGGCCUCUGUGAGUCCAGAGAUUUCUUGAUGUUCUGUGGGCUAUGACAUGGCUGCCAGUGAGGUAACAUGCAGGAUUAUAGGCCAUUUCUUUGAGCCCAGCACAAAUGAACUCAACAGGUGAGUAUAUGGUGAGGGAAGCUCUCAGUUCCAAGACACUCAUUCCUUUGCCUUCCUGCAGCUUGCAGGCCAUUACAGCUCCACUAUGGUGGCAGCCUCCAAGAUGCAACUACUGCAGUCAGUGAUUGCCAAGAGCAAGAGAGUAUAUGACCCAUCCUCCUCCCUGCUCCUCUUCACCAGAGGCUGGCUGGUUAGAUUCCCCAGUUUCCCUCACAGAUACUGACCAUAGUGAGAGUUUUCAGCUGGCCAGCAAGAGCGUCCAAGUGACACCUCUCAGACCACUGGUCCAUGCCAUGCAUAGUGAGGAGAGAGGCAUUCCGUUCCAGACUGCUGCCUUUGUAAGUGAGUGCUUGAUGCUGGAGUGGAGGCUGGACUGCAAUGGUCUGCCAGAAAUGGCCAUGAGGAUCCACUGCUGCAACCUCUUCUAAAAAGUCUCCACCCAUGCCUUCAACUCCCUGUUCUGCUCCAACACUUUCUCUUUCUGAGGUCUGAUCUCUUCUGAGAUCCACCUUCUGGGCUGGACUGCCUAUGACUAAAACCUCACCCUCCUCCCACACCUGUUUUUCGAUAGGCGAAACCAAUAUCCCUUUGUUGUUAAACGAGGCCUCAUCCUCCAGGUUUAUGAAGUCCUCAAAAAGGAACUGCCUGGAGACUUGUGAUUAGCCUCUGACAACUUUUGGUCAACAAAACCUGCUGCUGGACCUGAGCUUGAGCCUCUAGCUGCUCUAGGAGAGAUAGAUGAGGAACCCAGAGCACAGUGACCUCUGUGUGUAUAAAAGAAGAUGCUCAUCUUCCUGCCUCACACCAGAGGCCAUCUUCAUAUAGCCCAAACCAGACAGGAAAUGUGAUAUGCUGCACUUCAGAGAAUUCAGUUUGCAUGUGGAAAAAGAGAGGUGCAGGGGGACACAUGAGUGAGCGCAUACCUAUUUGUGAACUAGGCAACCAUCGGGCUAUGGAUUUGUGUUUGUGUGUAUGUCUUGACUUGGAAGGUGAGGACAAUGUAUAUUUGGGGAAAUGUCUCCUGUGGUGAAAAGACCUUCUAAAAUUAAACAUUCCCCACAGAGCCUGUGAGGGAUUAUCUAUUUGUAGUGGAGAGGGAACAUGAAGUUUCAGAACAAGGUGGCUAUAUCUUUUGCAUACCUUGUGGCCUGUUGGACAAGCCAUGUAAAACAAGCAUAGCAGGAACUACAGAGCAGUCUUGCCUGGCUGAACUAAAUGAGAGGCUCAGGUCAGAGGGAAUGAUUCCUUCACCUCCUGUGGGGUGAGGCCAUGUUUGGCUAGGUCAACAAGCUGCAGGAUGGUGAUUCCUGUGGUGUCACAUUAUCCUCAAGUGUGAGGGUUGUGCCUCAAGCAUGCUCACACAUGGCACUGUCCUUGUUCCACUCCAAAUCUGACCUGGGAUGGGUCCUGUGAAACUGGGACAAUGGUUGGGAGUCUGGUUUCAUUCUGGAGUUACUUAGGUCAAUGACUAGAAUAAGUUUUCACAAACUGGCCCACAUGUCUCUACUGGGGAUUGACUCCUAUCCAGUUUCAAAUUGAUCUGUGCACAUGGGCAGACCUUGAGAGUGAUAUGAGUGGUCUGUCUGGGUGUUUGGGUGUCUUGUCAGCGUCCUGGGAGGACAGAUCCUUUUCUUUCUCUUUUGCUCCCCAGCAACAGUUACAUACUGGUCCCCAGUAUAACUCAGCACUGCAAACUAACACCUGAUCCCUCCACCCUUGCUUCUGCACCUCUUGCUCUACCAGCAGGAAGUAGGACGUGGUUUGGGGCUUUUUAUUCUCGGCCUUGCUAGCCUUUUCGAUACUUCGGGGCCUCGUCUCAGUCUGACAAGGCAAGCAAGCAGCAGCUUCCUGUGCAAAGGUGAGAGGGAGAAGACAGAGAGAUCUAGCACAUACAAGAGAAACUGCUCCACAGCUUUUUGCUCUUGCAGAACUGUUUGGCUGGAGGCCCAUUUCCUCUCACGCCGGCAGCACUGGCGGACAGGUGGACAUGCACUGAGCAAGGAUCCUCCCCCCGUCCCUCUCCCUUCCCCAAGUUCCCUUCACAGUUUGGCAGCCAGCACCUGCUUUCACCCAACCCAGCAACCCAGUCCCCAGGGACUCUCUUCAUCUGGACCGCCUGGCAGCCAGUGCCUGGAGCUGGAAGUGUAUCACCAGUACAGAUGAAGCCCUCUUUGCUGCUUCUGUGCCACCUCUGGCUGUUCAGCCUCAUGCCUCUCUCUCUGGCAUCAGACUCUACACAAGGCACCUCCAAUUUAACUUGUUGGUAUGACUCACGGGCAGCUCUAUUUUGUACUUGGAACCCAGGCAGGGACCUUGCUGAAGCACCAUGCCAACUGGAGAUUUUAUCGAAGUUAGCUUUGUGCGACAGGUCAUUUUCUUUACCUGAAAAAUUCAAGGAGCACUGUGAAUUACCCAAGGCAGAGCACAUAACAGGGCUUAGGAGAUGCAUCAAGACCUUCAGCAAAAACAGUAAUACUCAAUGCUUCACCACUGCAGACCGUCUAACCAUAGCUGUACACUGCCAAAUUGGAGAAGAGAGAACUACACCUGUGCGAAAGCAGAAUUUCAGUCCACUUGCAAAUAUCAAGCUGAGGCCUCCGGGAAAUCUUCAACUGAUUAGGAACACUGAAGACACCUACAACUUAACAUGGACCGUGAAUAUUUCCUCUCACUACUUAGAUGGUGAGCGGGAAUAUCAAGUGCGGUACCGAACUACAAGUCAGCCCUGGGAGGAGGCCAGGAUCUUCACCAUUCUGCAGGACCAGAUGUGGGUAGUGUUUGAGAGCCUCUCCCCUGACCUGAAAUAUGAGGCAGCUGUCCGCGCAAAGCCAGGUGCCUUAAGUAUCUACAAAGGCGUGUGGAGUGACUGGAGUGAGACGAUAUUGUGGAGGACGCAUGCUGACCAAACGUCCUUCCCAGUCCUACCAGCUCUUAUUGUGAGUACCUGCAUCAUUGUGAUCAUCGGGACUGCCUUCCUUAUUAACUUGAGGACCCUGAAAUGGUUUAAGAAGAUGCUGAAGAUUCACAUCCCAGACCCUGAAAAGUUCUUUCCCCCUCUCAUUGCAGUUCACGGAGGUGAUGUUCAGAAAUGGCUCUCCUCCCCAUUCUCCACAUCUUCCUACUGUGUGAGCAGCACAACCCCAGAGAUCUCCAUGCUUGAGGUGAUGCAGAAGAAAGAUCAGGAAUCCCAGUUUCUCCUUUCCAAGGGCAUGCGGUCCUCUGAUCCUCCCUUAGAAACCAGCGGGCACUCUGUGUCCAGCUGCUUCACCAACCAAGGCUACUUCUUCUUUCACCUUCCCAACUCCUUUGAGAUUGAGCCCUGUCAGGUUUACUUCACCUAUGAGCCUUUCUCCCAGGAGAACAGUGGCAGCGAGGACAACGAGUCUUACCAUGCUCUGCCUUCCCCCGACCUCUGCACGCUGGCAGAGGAUGUGCCUGUGUUGUCCCACAGCUUCCUCCACUGUGUCAAGGGGACCCAGGGCUUCCAAAAUUGUUCCUUUGUGGAAGAGACAGAGGGUGAAGUCCAGCAGGCCAGGGCUCUCCCGUCAACUGAAAGCACCUCGCCAACAGCAGCUCUGAAGCAGGAUGAGGAGGUUACAGACAAAACAUCUUUACAGCCCUCGGAGACCCUGUGCCAUCUAGACGCAGUCUUUCCUGACCCACCAGACCUGCAUGACAACAAUACCAGUAAGGCCACAGAGGGGAGUGGGAAUGCAAGUCCUUCAAUUGAUCCUGGCACUCCAGCAGCAUAUGCUAGCUCUUCUUUUUCCAAGUCUACACCUCUGAGGCAAACCCGAGCUGAGGAUCCCUGCAGAACAGCCUUCUCCAGCCAGGUCCCAAACACUGGUGCCUACCUUUCUCUGAGGGACCUCCAAAGUCAAUACAGCCAUCACUCUGUCUAAGAUCUUCCUGGAGAAACCCACAGGUGGGAAAGGCCUUCCCUGGAGGAGGGCCAGAUGGACAACUACAACUUGUCUAUUUACAGCAUGAAUGUGUCCUCCUGGAGGACAGGAUUAUUCUAGAGUGGUGCAAAACCAGAAAAGGGAUAGGCUAGAAGAGAUGUAAAUUCAUAGGUGGAUACAUGAGUAGGACUUGUCCCCAAGGUAAAGCAACAGUGAAGCAGACCACUGGAAAUGAGAGGACCUUUUGCAUGGAGAACUUGGCUAAUGUAAAGAUAAAACCACACACAGAAAAUGAUAAUGGGGCAUUAAAACUGUUCAGUGGCUACACAGCUAAUGGAGACAUAGAAACUGUAUCCUUAGGAAUAUAGGACAGCAAGGACUCACUUCCAUGACUGAGCCUGUUCCUCUGCUAUUACUGGAACCAGUGGCAUAGAAAUCCCUUCCCACACUGCUCAAGUGCCAUCCUAAAACUCAGCAGAUCUUUUUUUUCCUGUCAGCUCCCAAUGGGAUGCUGUGCCUGCACUUCCAUGCUCUGCAUCUUGGUGUGAAAAUAGCGCCCAGCUUUCAGGCUGAGCAGCCACAUGUUCCAUUUCCCUUGUCCCAACCUAUAGGGCACACAAGCCUCUAAUGGGGAGGAGAAAUGCCUAAGGAGGUGGAUGUGAGAUUUUGUACAAGAGAUGGAAGCACUGCUAAUGAGUGCUGGGGCUGAUGACAAAUUGGAUAAGGACAUCUCCUCCUGACUGAUCAAGGGUGCUGUUUUUUAAUGUGGUCUCCCCACUUCAGGUUACCCAGGGAUUACACUCUUAGCCACUUGGUCCAGCUUUAGACUCAGGUCUCUAAGGUCAGCUUAGAGCCAAAAGUGUGUCAGCUGUCUAAGCAGUGCAGUGUCAAAAGAAAUUCCCAUUACUGGGUUAAAAAUACUGAGGAAAUCCCCUGCACCCCCCCCCCCCCGCCCAAGUCUGAUGAUGGCAGUAGAAAGAGUACACACAACUUCCCAUUCUUGCUGCAAUAUUUUUCAUGAAAUCGAAAGCCUCUCUGCCCUGUGGGCAAAAUACAGUUAUUUGACUAUGAUAAGCUGAUUGCAGAAUAGCCCGUCCCACAUCCUGUAUUAGUGGAAAACAUCGCAGUGGUGCUGCCCAUUCCUUCCAUUGCUCAAGGGAAACCAUUGCCUAAUUAGCAGCAAAGAUGGGGUGAAUGAGCCCAGAAAAGUAACUCUCAAAUCAGCACCUUUGCUGAAAAGAAAACCUCAACCUAAUCACAAAAACUGGGGAUAGCAAUGACUACUUCUCUUUUUUUACUUUUUCCUCUACAUUUGCUGAUCUGCUGUCAGAAAUAGCAAAUCACGACAGAAUAAAGGUGGUGAGGCAAAGGAUGACACUCUGUUCUGGUUCCAUCCAUCCUUCCAUUCACCAUCUUUACUGUCUAUUUCCUUGCCAUAUUUCUCGACUAAUCAGAAGUGGAGGAAAUACCAGUCUCGCAGAUCAUUGUUUUAAGAGUUUUUAGACCAAAAAAGUUCAAAGGUAUCAAACUUGUCAGUAUUUCUGUCAGCCCUCUCAGUUUCACCUAGAAAUAAUUCUUCCCGACCUCUGUCUAUACAAGUGUUAACCUUCCCCUUUGUCCCAGUCCCACACUGUUACAUGAUCUUGCAUUAAUGCAGCUUAAUUGUCAUUAGGAAUCCCAGAUAAGGGGUUACCCACUAGCUCGAAUUUCACCUCAGAAGAGACGAAGGAGCUGGGCCUGCCUGCAACUGAGAGGGCUGGGGAAGCUAUACCCCUCUUCUUAUCAGCUCCUGCACCUGCCUCAAGAUGUAGACUGCUCUAUCAUCUCCAGGAGACAGCAGGUGAAGAAGACCUCAUAGUUUCCCAGAUAAGCAAGGGCAAGGCUUGUCCAGCUGUUUUCUGUGCCUUGGAAAGUUUCUCAGAUGUACCUCAAAAAGAGACACUGAAUCCCUCACCCUUGAUGGGAAAAUUGCUAUCUUACAUGGACUGAUGAGCCUCAUUAUGCUCGUGGUUCUCCUGUUCCUAAGUACAACUUCAUAAGCUUCUCAGUUAUCCUUGCUGCUAAGAUGAAUAUAGGAAGAAAAAAAAAAAACUUUGCCUCUGUUAAUAAAAUAAAUGUCAGUGGAGUAA